GCCUUCUUUUCGUCCUAACAGAGGAAAACCCUCAAUGAAACCUGCUUUAUGGUGCGGGAGCCAGCCCUCGAACUCAUUACCUACUUAAAACACACCAACUUUUCUCAUCCAGCCAUCCGAUAUGUCAUCUAUGGUGAGAAGUCCACGGGGAAGACCAUGACCCUUUGCCAUGUCAUCCAUUACUGUGCAAGGCAGAACUGGCUCAUCCUACACAUUCCAGAUGCUCACUUGUGGGUAAAGAAUUGUAAACAACUGCUGCCUUCUACUUAUAACAACGAGCGCUUUGACCAACCUCUGGAAGCCUCAACCUGGCUGAAGAAUUUCAAAAACACCAAUGAGCGUUUCUUGAAAGAGAUCAAAACACAACAAAGCUAUGUGUGGAGCAAGCGAGAGAGCACCGCGGAAGGCAGCCCCCUGGGAGCAGUGGUAGAGCAGGGUUUGACUCGAGUGAAGAAUGCCAGCGAUGCCGUCGGGGUGAUCAUGAAAGAGCUGAAGCGGCAAUGCCCUCAAGGGCCUUUCCGCCUUUUAGUGGCCGUGGAUGGAGUCAAUUCUCUUUGGGGGCAGACGACGCUGAAGAAACAGGACAAGAGCGAAGUAGUCGUAGAGGAAUUGACGCUGGUCCACAACUUGAGGAAGAUGCUGGCCAAUGACUGGACUGGAGGAGCCAUUGUGACCACCCUCAGCCAAACAGGCUCUAUCUUGAAGCCCCGCAAGGCGUACUUACCUCACGAAUUACUAGGAAAGAAGGGUUUCGAUGCCCUGGAUCCCUUCGUCCCGAUUCAGGUCCACAACUACACAGACCGGGAAUUUGAGAGCUGCUACCAGUACUACUUGGAACAGAAGUGGCUUCAGCAUGAAAAAGCAAGUACCAACGAAGGCCGGAUGGAGCUCCGUUUCCUCACUGGAUGCAAUCCUGGACAGUUUGACCGGAUCAGCUCUCACUUGUGAUUUUGUGCCCUAUUUCAUCAUGACUGCAAAACACAAACGGAUUUCUCCCAAUUAAAGACAACAUCACCACUUUA